AUGCACAGACCCGAGGUGUUUCUGAAGAUGCCCCUGCUGAUCCUGCUUUUCCUGGGACUGGCAGAAGGCUGCAUCCCCCGCACAGGUUUGCUGAGCCUCCAAGUGUUAAACGAAGAAACAAGCGACUGCAAGGAGGAAGUGAAGCAUCCCCCAACGACCAUCCCCACCACGAGGCCAUUCAGGAAGAGGAGCAAAUGGAACAUAUUGAGAUGCGCCUACAUGAUGGUCACCUUCUUGUUUGUGACCUACAAUAAAGGAGACUGGUGUUACUGCCACUACUGUUACACAGAAUUGGACAUCAGAAAUGACCCCUGCUGUUCAUUCUAG